AUGGUUAAAAUUCCGGCACACAUUACAUAUGAUGGUACUUCGGAUCCGAAGGACCACAUAGCCUCCUACGAGGGGCAUAUGUACCUUAACCCCAGGUCCGAAGCUACCUGGUGCAAGUACUUCCCAACAACCCUUAAAGGUGUGGCCCAAUCAUGGAUCACCAAAGGGCUGAAGGAAGGCUCAGUAACGGGCUGGAGCGACCUGGCCAAUAAGUUCAGAACCCUCGACGCCUUGGAUAAAUUCAUCCGAGCCGAGGAAUGGAACAAGGCAAAGCUGCAAUCUCAGUCCGGGCUUGCGAAACCAAAAGGACAGCAGGCCGAAGUUCUAGGGUCAAGGAAAGGGAAGGCAAAAGCCUCAGAACCUCCCUUGACCGCAGAGCCGAAGAAGGAUAAGGCUCCCUACCUAGGGAAAUUUGAAUCUUACACUUCUCUCACCUUACCACGUACUAAGAUCUUUAGUGCGACGAGGGAAGAGGGGAGAUUCAGAAAGCCGAAGCCACCUCCUUCCUGGCAUCAAAAGAAAGGGAAGGACCAUUGGUGUGAGUUCCAUGAAUCUCGUGGACAUCGCACCGAGGACUGCCUCCAGCUGAAAGACCCAAUCGAAGAGCUGGUCCAAAAAGGAUAUUUAAAGAAGUAUGUCGCGGAGCGCCGCGAAAAGAAGAAAGCUGAGAAAGAUUCUCGGCAAGAGCUGGACUAUCACCGGAAAAGGGACAAACCUCCCAAAGGAGGGCACAAUGACAUCCUGACCAUUUCCGGUGGCAUAUCUUGGAACGCACUUAAGCGCCAUCUGAGGGGCCUCACCCAUCAGAUUCAUCAUGCCGAGUUCCAGAAACCGCAGUCUCCGGUGCCGAACAUAACGUUCACAUCUGAAGACUGCAUGGGGGUGGUGUAUCCCCAUGAUGACCCUUUGGUUAUCAUGACAAGCAUUGCAAAUCACAACGUCUAUCGGACACUGGUAGACGGUGGCAGCGGGGCGAAUAUACUUUUUCGGAAGGCAUUCGACCAGCUGAAGUUGGAGAGCAGGCAUUUGACUCCAGUCCCUUAUCCGGUCACUGGAUUCAACGGCUCUUCUUCAUAUCCAGAUGGGAAGAUUCUUCUUCCCGUCAGCCUCGGCAAAGACCGGGCAAGACGAAGCAUCAUGGCCAAAUUCUUGGUCAUUGAUGCCCCAUCAAUAUAUAACGUCAUUAUGGGGAGACCCCUCAUCCAUGAUGUUCAAGGAGUCGUCUCGACAUAUCAUCAAGCAAUGAUCUAUGUUUCAAGCGAGGGACGCUCCGAAAAAAUAUUGGGCAGGCAAAGGGAGGCCCGAGAAUGUAAUUCCCUCAAGCCAUCCAAGAGUCGCCGAAGCGACAAGGAUGAUGAGGAAGAAAAAGAGAAAGAAAAGGAGCGGGGUACUAAAAGGUCGAAGGGCCUAAGUGCUUCGGCUCAGGGGUCCCCAAAAAAGAAAGCAUCUUUGGGGACCGAAAAGGCAAGCUCUUCGGACGGACCGAAAGAUUCGGACGACAGCCAGCCGAAGAAAGGAAGGUCUGCUGAGAUUGACAGUAGACCUGAACCAUAA